CAUCAUGGCCAUUGACUGUGGUUUGCCAUCCCCUCUCGGACCUCCAGCCGGUGAGAAGGACGUUAAGGCUUUGCAGUUCAUUCAAGAGAUGACCCACAACACUGAUUCGGUCCAAGAGAGGGUUUUGUGCGAGAUACUGAGCCGAAACGCCGACACGGAGUAUCUCCGGCGGUUUCAGCUCAAUGGAGCCACGGACCGAGACACUUUUAAGUCCAAGGUUCCUGUUGUCACGUACGAGGAUUUGCAGCCUGAUAUCCAACGCGUCGCUAAUGGCGAUCGCUCCUCCAUCUUUUCCUCUCACCCAAUCUCCGAGUUCCUCACUAGUUCUGGGACAUCAGCGGGUGAAAGAAAAUUAAUACCAACCACCGGUGAAGAGAUGGACCGUCGUCAGUUACUGUACAGUCUUCUGAUGCCUGUCAUGAACCUGUACAUGCCGGGGUUAGACAAAGGGAAGGGCCUGUACUUUCUGUUUAUCAAGGCGGAGACGAAGACUCCAGGAGGACUAGUGGCUCGUCCUGUGCUCACAAGCUAUUACAAGAGCCAACAGUUCAAGAACAGACCCUAUGACCCAUACAAUGUGUACACUAGCCCAAACGAAGCCAUACUUUGCCCCGAUUCCUUCCAAAGCAUGUACACCCAGAUGUUAUGCGGCCUCAUCAUGCGCCACGAAGUUCUUAGAGUUGGAGCCGUUUUUGCCUCUGGCCUUCUCAGAGCCAUCCGAUUCCUUCAGCUGAACUGGCAACAACUAGCCCUUGAUAUCUCCGCCGGAACCCUCAACCCCAAAAUCACCGACCCUUCCGUCAAGGAUUCCAUGGCCAAGAUCUUGAAACCCGAUCCAGAACUCGCAGACUUCAUAACAAAAGAAUGCUCCGGUGGGAACUGGGAAGGCAUUAUCACCAGAAUCUGGCCUAACACGAAGUACCUUGACGUGAUCGUCACGGGUGCUAUGGCUCAGUAUAUUCCCACCCUGGACUAUUACAGUGGUGGCUUGCCUAAGGUUUGUACCAUGUACGCGUCUUCCGAGUGUUACUUUGGGCUUAACCUAAACCCUAUUUGCAAGCCUUCUGAGGUGUCCUAUACCAUCAUGCCAAACAUGGGUUACUUCGAGUUCUUGCCACAUGAUGAUUCAUCGUCCCCUUCGACUCUCUCACGAGACCCGCCGCCUCGCCUUGUGGACCUAGCCGACCUCGAAGUUGGUAAAUACUACGAGCUCGUUAUCACCACCUACUCUGGCCUGUGCCGUUACCGUGUGGGCGAUAUCCUCCAAGUCACGGGAUUCCACAACAAAGCCCCACAGUUCCGGUUCGUGAGGCGAAAAAACGUGCUCUUGAGCAUUGACUCCGACAAAACCGACGAGGCCGAGCUGCAAAAGUCCAUCGAAAACGCCUCGGUGUUACUGAAAGAAUUCAAGACCAGCGUUGUGGAGUAUACGAGCUUUGCUGACACGAAGAGUAUUCCGGGACAUUAUGUUAUUUACUGGGAAUUGUUGAUGAAGGACCCCUCUAACCCGCCUACCAAUGAAGUGCUGAACCAGUGCUGCCUAGCGAUGGAAGAGAGCCUCAACUCGGUUUAUAGACAAGGCAGAGUCGCGGACCACUCUAUUGGACCGUUAGAGAUACGAGUGGUGAAGAAUGGCACCUUUGAGGAACUGAUGGAUUACGCCAUCUCAAGGGGUGCCUCUAUCAACCAGUACAAAGUACCGAGGUGUGUUAGUUUCACGCCCAUAAUGGAACUACUCGACUCUAGAGUGGUCUCUGUUCAUUUUAGCCCAGCUGCUCCCCACUGGACUCCCGAACGUCGUCAUUGAUAAAUCUGAAUGGGGGGAAAAAAAAAAUAUCAAAGCAACGAACAGGGCUUAUGCAUCUUUUGAAAGUGUACCUACCGUCCGUGAGUGAGCUUUAGUCCUAGUUAAUUUGAUUUCAUGUAUCUUUUUACAAGUGAAAUUCCCCUUUCUCUUCCUUUUUUUCUUCUUUCGUUGUGGCUUUAUUGAAUAGAGCGAAUUGUGCUUUUGUAUGUGUCUGUGAAAAUAAGUUCAAAAAUGGGGUGCACAGUAGAUGAUGCUUUUGUUCCAUAUUGUAUGAAA